AUUGAACCCGAGCCCGCCCGCACCCGACAAGAUUGAACCCGAACCCGUCCGCACCCGUGGGUCGGGCUCGGGUGCGGGUCGGGUUGCAGUACUCUAACGAGAGUAAAAUAAACAAAAAAAUGAAUUUGAUCUAUUCUGUUUUUUUUUGUUUUCUAUUUUAGUUUUUAUUGAACUAAAAAAUUAGUCUUAAAAAAUAUAUUAAUAUAUAAAUGAAAGUGAUUUUCAAGCUGCUAUACUCGAUUUACUUGUUCAAUUACUUUUAAUUCGUGUUAAUAAUAGUUAAUUAGAAGCUGAUGAAAUUCGUUGCAUUUCUAAUCGUUUCGUUUAUUUUUAAAUAGCAUUUUAUUUAUUGUAUUGCUGAAUUUCUUGCUAUGUUAUCACAUGAUACACUUCAUUCAAAACAAUUUAUUAAAGCUUUACGAUUGUUCACAGUUAUUGUUAAUAGUGUUCAAAUUGAAGAUGAUAAAUGGGAACGUCUUUCACGACAAAUUGUCGAUUUACUUCUUGCUCAUUUACAAUCUCAGUUGCAAGUCAUUAAUUUUUUUUGUGAAGGAAAACAUUUAGAUGAAAGUGGUCUUCUAUUAGUUUUAUUAAUUGAACAAUUUCUUCCAUUACCAUUAUAUAAACAACUAUUACCUAAAUAUUUACCAUUAAUAUUAUAA